AUGGCUAGGGUUUCGAAGGCAUGGUGCAUUUUGGUUACCACACUGCAUUUGUUGCACAUCGCAUCUUCAAAUUUCAUCGUCAAAUCUCUACCAGGUUUUGGGCAUCUUCCAUUCACGUUGGAAACCGGGUACGUAGGAGUGGAUGAAAGAGAAGAGGUGCAGCUAUUUUAUUACUUCGUUGAGUCUGAAAGGAGUCCCAUGAAUGAUCCACUCCUACUUUGGCUUAUUGGGGGACCUGGUUGUUCUGGCCUUUCAGGUUUCUUAUAUGAAAACGGGCCGUUGAUGUUGAAUUAUGACAAGGUUAAUGGGACUAUUCCGGAACUUCGUCUAAAUCCAAACUCUUGGUCAAAGGUACUCAACAUAUUAUAUGUCGAUGCACCAAUUGGUACAGGAUUUUCUUACUCAAAAACCCAACAAGGUUAUUAUACCAAUGAUAAGCAAACGGUGGAACAUAUCUAUGAUUUUCUACAAAAGUGGCUUGUGGAUCACCCCAAAUUUCAAUCAAAUCCAGCUUAUAUAGGUGGUGGUUCGUAUGCAGGCUUAUUUGUUCCUCCCCUGGUACAAAAAGUAUAUGAAGGUUAUAAAGCAGGAUAUUUCCCUCUCCUAAACUUUAAAGGUUUUGUGCUUGCAAGUGCAUUACUUGACACUUACUUGGAUUUCAAUGCAAGAGUUCAAUAUUCUCAACAACGAACAUUAAUAUCGAAUGAGCUAUAUGAGUCAAUGAAAGCUAAUUGUAAUGGGGAUUACAUCAAUAUUAAUCCAAACAAUACAAAUUGCAUGUCAGAUUAUGAAGUUUACUCAGAGACGGACAAAUUUACACUUAGUGAUAAAUGGGCAAAUGAUCCAAAUGUUCGAAAGAAUCUCAAUGUUAGAGAGGGAACAAAAGGGGGUGUCCGAAGAUGUAAUAUUACUGAUGCAUUUAUUGAUGCAUAUACAAAGAAUGUUCCUAGUGUUGUUGAAUAUCUUCAGAGUCUCACAACCACAAAUCUUCGAUCAUUAAUUUACAUCGGCGAUCUUGAUAUGGACGUACCAUAUCUUAGUACACAUUCUAUAAUAAAGUCUCAAAAUAUGAAGUUGAGUAGCAGUUGGCGUGCAUGGUUCAUCGGUGGCGAAGUGGCAGGGUAUACCGAGGAAUACGAAAGGAACGAAUAUCACCUAACAUAUGUAACUGUUAAGGGAGGGAGCCACGUAGUUCAAUACCAGAAGCCUAGAGAGGCUUAUGAGAUAAUUCGUAGAUGGUUUUCAUAUUAUGAUAUUUAA